AUGGUCUCUCUUGCUACGUUUCCCAAGAAGCUAUUCAAAUGGUUCCUCGCAAUCAACCUCCUCUGGAUAUUUCUCUCCACAACCCUUCCUGCCAUCAUAUCCUCCUCCAACCAACCCAUCCUGAAGCUUACAACAAACAGAAGACUCGAUGCUGCUCAACUUUCUAUCAACUCAAUUCCUUCCAGCUUGAGGAAUGCUUCGAUCUACUUGGUCAUUGCCCAUCCUGACGACGAAGUCAUGUUCUUCAGUCCCUCCAUAAUCGAAUUGAACAAAAAAAUCUACAACAAUACACUAAAUAUCAUCUGUUUCUCUAAUGGCAACAACGAUGGACUAGGCCAUAUCAGAUCUUCUGAAAUUGUUCACAGUGGUGUAAUCCUAGGUUUGGAUGCAGUUUCUAUUCACGUAAUCCAAAAUGAAAUCGAUUUCAAAGAUUCAAUGUCAAUAAUUUGGGAUUCCCAAAAAAUUUCAAACCAGCUAAACCACUUGAUAUCAAAUAAUAAACUACACAAUAAGAUUGUUCUCCUAUCGUUUGAUCAACUGGGUAUAUCAAACCACCCAAAUCACAAAUCGCUAUACUAUGGUUGUCUUGAUUUUAUUAAAUCUUUCAGCAAAUCUUACAACCACCACCAACUUGUUUUUUAUAAAUUAAACUCUUUGAAUUUCUUUCAAAAAUACUCUUUCACUCUUUUAACUAAUUUCCACCUAUUAAAAAAUCAUUUGAUUUUAUUAUAUUCAAAUAACCCAUCAUUUGACGAAAAAAUUGUUGAUAUUUCAUCCAAUUUUCCAUCAGUUAUUUUAAGUCUAGCUGCAAUGUCUUUUGCUCAUGAUUCCCAAAUGGUUUGGUUUAGAUGGGGUUGGCUAUUAUUCAGUAGAUUUUUAAAUUACAAUCAAUUAAUUCAUGUUCAAUUCUAA